CCUGUCUCGCUCAGUGGACGAGUAACGCCCCAACCGUUUGUUGCAGUCAUUCCACGCGCUGCUUGUUACACGAUCGCACAAUUCGGGAACGGAAAUUUGAUCCGAUCGGAAACCAUAUAAGAGUCAUAACUAACAGUCACCGGUCUUCGCUCUUGUGCGGUGUUUCCGAGUCUUCUGGCCAACAACUCAUCCACUAGUUACCCCGACGCGCACCAGUCGGGCACCAUCACCGCGAUGUGCCGAUUUCUGGUCUACAAAGGCAGCGACGAGAUCCUCCUCUCGAAACUCGUCCUCGAUCCCGCCCAUUCCAUCCUCAAGCAGUCGUUUGACUCCCGUCUCCGAUUGGACACUCGUCGCGGACAAAAUAACGCAGAUGGCUUCGGCAUUGGCUUCUAUACCGACCCAAAACUAGGCGCCGCCCCGUGCCUCUUCACCUCGACUACUCCCGCCUGGAACUGCGUGAACUUGCAGCGGCUCGCUACAAAGACGGCGUCGCGCCUGAUCUUUGCCCAUGUUCGCGCAACCACCGAAGGAUCUUUCAGCGAAGACAACUGCCACCCUUUCUGCCAUGGUAGCUUGAUGUGGAUGCACAAUGGCGGCUUGGGCGGGUGGAAACAGAUCAAGAGAAGGCUUGGGGAACGCCUUGCCGAUAAGUGGUAUCUGAAUGUGGUAGGCGGCACAGACAGCGAGUGGGCGUUCGCGCUGUUCCUGGACACUCUGGAGCGGAUGGGCCAUGACCCCAGUUCCCAGCCCGAGAAUGGAUUCGGCCCCACGGUCCUCAGGAAGGCGAUGCUCAAGACCAUUGCCGUGAUCAACGAGCUCAUCGACAACAUUCCCGAGAGCGUUAUCCUGGCCGAGAAUGUCGAUACGAGGAGUCUCCUAAACUUUUGUGUCUCAGACGGACACAGCAUCAUUUGCACUCGCUACGUCGGUAGCUCCACAGAUGAGGCUGCGAGCUUGUACUACUCAUCGGGAACUCUGUGGGAGACGAAGGCGCCGACCCCUGAUAGCUCGGAUUACCAGAUGGAGCGAAGCGACAAGGGCGCAGACGUGAUCCUGGUGGCGAGCGAGCCACUGACUUUCGAGAGAGAAAACUGGGUAAAUGUCCCAACGAACUCGAUCCUGACCAUUCACAACCAGACAGUCAUGGUCCACCCGAUCAUGGACCAGUACUACAAUCGCAACCCGCAGCACCGCCGCUCCGCCGCCUUCGUUCGCACAAAGGGUCUCUCGGCCAACGAGAAGGCAACUUCCAGGUCCGGUACGCCCUUCGGCCCUCCAGCAAGCAUCCCGCCCGUCACUUCGGUGCCACACCUCCCCGGCAACCCGGAAUCCCACAAACAACGUCUCCGCGGUUCAACCAUCCCCGCUGGCCUGUUGAACACUCGCACACCCGACGGUCCCUCUUCCACCUCGAGUCUUCCACGGUCCCGCACUCCGCUCUCCCACGCCGAAACCAUCACCCCGGAGCCGUCAUCUCUGCAGUCGCCGACCGCAGACGUCAGGGAGCUCACGGCGCCGCCUAUCAUUCGCGCGGCUUCUCAACAGCCGCCGGCGCAGGGCAACAUCAAGAAGAAGCGGGCCACGCUGGGCACAGUAGAGGCGAUGCAUGGCGGCGGCGGCGGGAUGGCUUUAGCGCAGUAUUUGGACACCAGCCCGGUCACGCCGGAGCCCGUGCGGACCGAGUUUGGGAACCCCGAAAAGAUUGCGCGCAUGUUUCCUGAAUUAGCUUUGUAGUGAUGGGACGGGAUCUGGGCUACGGGAUUUGUUUUGGUGUUAUGGCGCGGUGGAAUACGGAUUAGAUUGUUUGGGGUUCCGGGCUGGCAAGGGAACCUCGGGCGUGACGGGCGCCUAACAGCCCAGGUUCGUUUUUGUUUGAAAAUCACAUAUGUAUUUUAAUCGUGUCAGCAAGGGCGCCGUUUUUAGAGGGACUUUGCUUUAAAAGAUUAGACGUGUGGCGGAUUCCAAAAUUACAGCGGCAUCGCUCACCUUACCACUGGGGAUUGAGGCCAAGUUGUGUCCGACAAUAUGGGAGUUUCACCGAGACGAACUAAAAUAUGUGAUCAUCAUCAGGAAUCAC